UUGACCGUUGAAUUAGCAGGUUGCGGUCGGUCUGUAAGUGUGAGUGAGGGAGAGCGCGCGUGCUAAAGUGAAUCCGUUGCAUUUCUCUUCCUCUUCCACUCUUCGCACCUACGCAGGUGUGUGUGCGAGUGUGUGUGUGAAAAAACGAAUCCACAACAACACAAAUCACAAUCAGCUGUGAAGUUUCUUUCAAUGUGUGAAAUAAAUAUGCAAACGGCUAAUAAAGCAAAAAUUACAAAAUAAAUAGUGUGAAAUUUCCACACACAAAUUAAAGCAUGCUAAUCGAAAUAGCUCAAAGCAACUGAGUUAAAUAAAAGUAUUACAAAAAAACACAACACAUAACCGCAAAAGGGUAUAUUUUAAGAGAAAUUCACUGGCGGCAUAAGAACUUGGGAAAUUUUGACAGCAGAAUCAAGGAGCAAGAGGAGAGCAGAAAGCAGGACUCUGCCCAACGAUCCUUCCGUUCUUAAAGUUCUUCGGUCACACAUAUCCAGGCGCUUCAGACUGAUUGAAUGCACAGACUGCUAUUAAAACAUAGACGAUAUCUUCCAAGAGGACAACGCAUAUCAGAAAGAGAGAACAAGGAGCAAAAAUACGAUUGGAAAACGAGAAAAACAUAUCCUGCAUCAUAAAUCAUUGCCUGGCUUUGAUUAAUGUUGCGUAUACGCAAUGUUGCCGGCCCCCGUGUUGGCCUCUAACUAAGUGAAAGCUCAAAUCGGUCAAAGCGAGCGAGAUAGAACACUUCCAUUAGCACCUUCUGGGACAUAACAACAACGUAAUCAUCAUCAUCAUCACUAGCUGUUUAAUCCACAAAUCCAGAAACCAAAGAUGGCCUUCAUCUGGCGACGACGUUCCACAACGAUUGUGAAGCUAGUGGCCUUCCUGCUGGCCAUUUGGUUCUGUAUAGCCUUUCUGGUCUACACGGACGACACGCGGCGAAGAGCCUCCCAGGAUGGGGGCGGUGGUGGGAGUGGCGUGGGAAGUGCCCUGGGAGGGGGCGGCGCUGGAGGACUAGGUGAUCCCGUUGCAAUGGCGCUAAGGAACGAACCCGUCGUCGAGGACUUUGGCAUCAAUGGGAAUGUAAUCGGCGGAGGAGGAGGUGGAGGCAGUGGAGGAGGAGGAGGCGGUGGUGGUCAGAAGCAGGUGCACGAUGAGGCUGAUAUCCCACCCACCGUGGGCAAGCACAAGAUCGACCUCCAGGCGGAAAGGCUGCGAAAGAAGGCGGCUGAGCAACCGAAGAAAAAGCCGCAAGACGACACAAAGAAGGUGAUAGACGCCCCGAGUGACUUUGAGGAGAACCCUGGCGAGUUAGGCAAGCCGGUGCAUCUGCCCAAGGAAAUGUCCGAUGAGAUGAAGAAGGCCGUUGACGAUGGCUGGACCAAAAACGCCUUCAAUCAGUACGUAUCAGACCUGAUAUCAGUGCAUCGAACGCUGCCCGAUCCUAGAGAUGCCUGGUGUAAAGAUGAGGCUCAUUAUUUGACCAAUCUGCCCAAAACGGAUGUCAUCAUCUGCUUCCACAAUGAGGCUUGGACUGUGCUGCUGAGAACUGUCCAUUCGGUUUUGGACAGGUCGCCAGAACAUCUGCUUGGCAAGAUUAUCCUGGUAGAUGACUACAGCGAUAUGCCUCACUUGAAGCGUCAGCUGGAGGACUACUUUGCCGCAUAUCCCAAAGUUCAGAUCAUCAGAGGCCAAAAACGAGAGGGUCUGAUUAGGGCCCAUUUGGGUGCCAACCAUGCCAAGUCCGCCGUUCUCACCUAUUUGGAUUCCCAUUGCGAGUGCACAGAAGGAUGGCUGGAACCGCUUCUGGAUCGCAUUGCCCGUAAUUCCACCACUGUUGUUUGUCCAGUUAUUGAUGUUAUUAGCGAUGAGACUCUGGAGUACCACUAUCGUGAUUCUACUGGCGUUAAUGUUGGAGGAUUUGAUUGGAAUCUGCAGUUCAGCUGGCACCCAGUUCCUGAAAGAGAAAGGAAGCGCCAUAAUAGCACUGCCGAACCCGUCUUCUCACCCACGAUGGCCGGCGGACUCUUCUCCAUCGACAGGGAAUUCUUCGAUAGACUGGGCACCUACGAUUCCGGAUUCGAUAUCUGGGGUGGCGAGAAUCUGGAGCUGUCCUUCAAGACCUGGAUGUGCGGCGGCACUCUGGAAAUAGUACCCUGCUCCCACGUGGGCCACAUUUUCCGAAAACGUUCGCCCUACAAGUGGCGUUCGGGCGUGAAUGUGCUGAAGAAGAACUCCGUGCGUUUGGCAGAGGUUUGGAUGGAUGAGUACUCGCAGUACUACUAUCAUCGCAUCGGCAAUGACAAGGGCGACUGGGGCGAUGUCAGCGAUCGCAGGAAGUUACGGCGAGAUCUCAAGUGCAAGAGUUUCAAGUGGUAUUUGGACAACAUUUACCCCGAACUCUUCAUUCCCGGCGAUUCGGUGGCCCAUGGAGAGAUAAGAAACCUAGGUUAUGGCGGUCGCACCUGCUUGGACGCACCUGCUGGAAAGAAGCACCAGAAGAAGGCCGUGGGCACGUAUCCCUGCCAUCGGCAGGGUGGAAACCAGUACUGGAUGCUGAGCAAGGCAGGCGAAAUUCGACGCGACGACUCCUGUCUCGAUUAUGCCGGCAAGGAUGUGACGCUCUUCGGCUGCCACGGCGGCAAAGGAAAUCAGUUCUGGACCUACCGCGAGAACACCAAGCAGCUGCACCACGGCACCUCCGGCAAGUGUCUGGCCAUCAGCGAGAGCAAGGACAAGCUAAUGAUGGAGGAGUGCAACACCAGCCUCAACCGCCAACAGUGGACCCUCGAGAACUACGACAGCUCCAAGUUGUGAGGCUACUUCUAUGCGAGGGGCAACCUCCUGUUGCCCACAUCGCGGCGACACCAACAACCACAUGCAUAGCGGCCUGGCCAGAAAAGGAUGCGCAGACAGGACAUGAAGUGGCGGCAGGAGCUGGAGUAGUUAGAUUCCCCGAGGCAUGUGCAAUAAGGAGUGGGACGAACGGAUUGUGGCAGCGGCAGCAGCAGCAGCAUCACUUGCCAUGCUAUAUAAAUAUUAUUAAAAUUUAUAUGUUUCCAAACAACAGAUUAGACGUUACUUAGCCUUAAGUACCACACCUCCACAGACUAGACAAACAGACACUGAAAAGAUAACGACUGCUGUACAGUAGCUAUAAGUUAAUAAGACCUAAGUCGGAGCACUUAGGAUUAGGCUAAUGGAGCCAGGCCCAAGGACAAUUGAUAAUUGAAACUUGACAAUUGCUGGCCAACAAAACGAAGUCGUAGCGCAAUUUUUGCAUUUAAAUUUGUAAACAUUUAGCACAAUUUACGGAAAGUGUGAACCUUGUCUCCUGUGUACUUGACUUAUUCCCAUGGCCAACGACUGGCGAAAGAUGUGUCCGGAUUAUUUAUGAAUUUUACAAAUGUCAUCAAAUGGCUCUGCGAAAGCCUCAUUCCAAAUAUAUGUUUUAGUGAGUAAGCCCUAGGCUAAGUCUAAGUUGGAAAGCAUUUGGUGAUAGCCUUUGUUUCGCCUGUGACCCGAGCAUUCCCAUUUAUUAUUUCCUCUACCUAAUACUACCUAAAUAUCUCUUUAAAUGGCGAACCAAAAUUUUGAUUUUAUUUAUUUUCAUACGAUUUAGGAACAGUCUUGUGUUGAUUUUAUUUUAGACGAGAACGAGCGUUGCGUUUAUGCCAAAUUACGUUUAGAUGUUUAGAUUUCGGGUAACUUUGCGUUCUCUUUGAAAAUCCGUUGCAUUUCAUUUCGUUGGAUUCUCACAACGACAACAUAUCCUAUUUGUUGGACAAAGCCAGCUUGUAGUACUUACAAAUAUCAGUUUCCAAACUACCGAUAUCACACAAAAUAUAUAGCGUUAGUCCCUAGUGGUUAGUUCUUAAUGCAAAUGUGCAUAGUGCCUUCUAUUUAUAACGGACGCAUUCUUCACAGCGACUGUGUAUAUACUGUAUACAAUUUCAUAUCGCAUCCUGCAGAAUGUGUACAUAACUAUGAUUAAAUACUGUUUUAUUCAAGACUAAAAAGUACAUAUUAUAUCCAGAUGGUAGCCAAGAGCCAAGAGUUGCGCAUUGUUUUUCAUUUGCUAUGCUUAGCUUCACUGUAGGCGGCAUUUACAUUUUACUUACGAAACCAAAAGCCAUAGGAAGUGGUCGAUAACCUUUUUUAAACUAAACUUACAGUAGUUAACUAAGCGCGUAAAAAAUGUGUAGUAAGGAAAAUAUUGAGCAAGGUAAAGAUAUAAAUAAAAGGAUAAAGUUAUAAAUAAAAAUGUGUGAA